AUGUUUUUAAAAGGAAAAAAAGAAACUAAUUAAGAUAAUUUUAAUCCAGGAGUUGGUCUUUACGAUAUUAUUACUAAAUUAGAUAAACCAGCAACACUUAUGCAUUCCGAUAAACAUGAUAAACAUGGACAUCAUAAAAAAAAUGAAUCAUAUCCAUAAACUGAUUCAUAGCUAUCUUACGAUAAAAAAGUUGAUUUAAAUUAUCCUCUACAUAGUUAUGCAAGUGGAAUUUAAAGAGUUAGAUAAAAUAAAAUUUAUUAAGAACUUAAGAAAUAAGUUAAAUUUAGCAAUAAACCAAAUGAAUUUAACAAUGAAUUCGAUAGUCAAGCGCGUUCCUUUAUUAAAAAGGGAAAGCUUGUUAAACUCUAAAAAUUAUAAAGAACCUCAAAAUUAUCGUUGAAUGACUCCUAAUAACUCCAUCUAGGAACAUAGUCCCCUUUAAAUAAAAAAACUGCAAGUUAAUAAUAUCUAAAACAUCCACCUAAACUUCAAUCAUUAGAAAGUUUAGAAAUCUUUCUAUUAAGAGAUAAACUAUAAAAACCUUAAGAUAUUCCAGGACCUGGCUCUUAUGAAUUGCCAAGUGUUUUUAAAUAAUCAGAAAGCAGAAUUUAACCAUUUGGAAAACAAUAAGGAAGAACUAAAGACACUGAUCAGGAAGCUUCUGUUGGUGUUGGAUAAUAUAAUAUACAAGAUUAAUCUAUUGUUAAAAGUGUCAUAAGGUUUGAUAAAUAUUCUAAAAGGGCUAGCAUUUUUGAAAACAAGUAAAGUUCUCCAACAAAUUACGAUAAUAAUAAUUCAAAUCUUAUCCAUAAUUAAUCCAAACUUAAUCUCGAAUUUCCCAUAGCCUUUGGUUCUACCUCUAAAAGAUGA